GCAUGUUGGAUCAUUUUUUAUUCUGUGGUUCAGUUUGUUAGUGUGAGCGUCAGCGUGGAGGUACAGGAAUCAAACCGUGCUACCGUUGCUAAGAGCAACAAAGAUUUAUACAGAACUGAAGUGGUUUUAUACCUUGAAUACCACCAAGCUGAUAGUUUGCCGUAUUAAGUGAAGGGGAAACUGAUUACUUGCCUCUAAAGUUGGUUCCUAAAACAUGCCUUAUUUCCACCUUCAAAUAUUCCUAUUGUGUUUGUUCGAGCUAACAUCUCAGUUUAUGGGUCUAUGCUAUGUAUUUAUUUGUUAAAAGACACUGAUAUACGUAUAGGUAAUCAGUGUAAAGAAAUAAUCAUUUAAAAAAGAGAAUACAGAAACCCACCAAGAGUUUCAACGGUAAACCGUAAAGUAACAUUUAGGAACAUUUAGGUCACCACGAAUGAGUGAGAAAGACCAAAUGUCACACACUAGAAUACGUAGAAAGGGAGAAAGGAGUAAGGGAGAAGGAGAGGCAAAGACAGGGGGAGUGGCAUGCAGAGGUCGACAUCAGGAGAACUGUACCUUGGUUUUUGUUCCGCACUCUAUCAAUGUUUGUUUUUUUCAUUUCGGCUCACAGUCUUACAAUGAAAUAAAAAAAUACCGGCUAGUCUUGUUCUGUGAGAGUCUUUGGUUUCCGGGCUUUGAGCAGUUGUCUGUUCUUUCCUCCGCGGCUACAGAAAACAUUUUAGCUGAGUUGGACCUUUAACAUACUAUUAUUGACUAUGCAGUGGUGCCCGUAUCAGUAGUUCUCCUUUACUGUUCCUUUUUGACAUGCUCACAGUUUGGAUGUAUAAGCUCCAGGGGGAACCUUCUAAUAACCUGUGUGUUGAGGCCUGAACGACACGCGGUGAAGUGCUUACAACAGCUCAACUGCAUUGGUCUUCACUGCUGUCCUGUUUUCAUUCUGCAAUGAAAAGAAUUUCAUCAACAAUACGGCCAUGAAGUCCAUACAUCAAGGGGCUUCUCCAUCACUUCAUCCACUUAAGUAUUACAUUACAUCAAAUGUCAUUUAGCUGACGCUUUUAUCCAAAGCGACUUACAAUAAGUGCAUUUAAACCAUAGAGAUACAAACUCAGAAGAGCAAGAAACAAGAAAGUGCAAUUUCAUCAAAUAAGCUGAUUUACAACUUGUUAUAGAUGAAGGGCAUUAUAAGUACAAUUUUGAGUGCUACAAUUUGUUAGUGUUUUUAGUCGAGGUAAAGUCUGAAGAGGUGUGUCUUUGCGGCGGAAGAUGUGAAGGCUCUCUAAAUACACAGUCUGUGGUUCAGUUUCAGAACAAAGAAAUCCCUUUUGUCCUUCCUCAUCAAAAAAGACUAGAAAACAUUGUAGCUUUGAGAAAAGUAAAUCUAAAAAAGAGCUUCAGGAUUCCCAUCAUGGCUCUGUCUCAAGCAAUACUCAGCCUUUACUAUGUCACUUGUAAUGGUAUUACUACUUUUGGGUAAUGUUAGUUCCGCCUCCCUUUGACAAACAGGAAAUAAGAAUAACAAAACAAUGCAGUAGUGGCACAGGGGCACCCAGCACCCAGGAAAGGGGCCCAAAAGAUGGGACGGAGUAAACAGGCCCCCCCACUUUACGCCUUGGUGGUUUGCUGUUGCAGCUGGUGUGAUAGUCUAUUGUUUGUUUCGUUGCUUUUUUAGUCAUUUUCUUGUUUGGACUUCUCUAUUUCAUUUAAUAUUGACAGCUUGUUCUAUUACUACCUUCUGAAAUAUUAUUUAUACGCUAAGGCUUUCAGGUUAGAAGGAAUUAUGUCUCACCGGGAUUAUCAACUAAAACUGCCAAGAGAUUAAUGAUACACAUCAUAAAUAUAUAGAAAAUGUUACAUCACAUCUGAUACCAUGGACAUUUUCAAAAUUCUCUACUUGAUGUUACGUCCAUAUUAUUGAUAAUUAAGUGCAUUUUCUUACAUGGGAUCGUCUCUCUGCACAACAGUGAGCUGUCAGUCACAAUAACCGGGGAGUGCUGGCAUGACAACUGCUGAAUACCUGAGAUAUUUCCUCCACCGGCAAACAGGCCGAGACACACAGAGAGAGAGAGAGAGAGAGAGAGAGAGGUGGAAAGAGUCAAAGAAAGGGACAAAUAGGACGGCCUGCUGCUUCUCCCAGCAGGCCUGGACAGCGAGGAACAGACGAGCGAUUUGCUAAAAAAAAAAAAAAAGAGUCGCCACGUGUACUCCCACAAAUCACUGCUCACAGGACGAAGAACAAACAAAUGGUCGGCCCCACACUGUCAUCACUGGUUACUGGGUGGAGCACUGUUAUUAAAGCUCAUGGAGACAGAAAAAAAUGAAAGUGAAAAAAGAGUGAAGGCACGGUCAGAGAGAGAGAGAGAGAGAGGUAAAUAUAAAACAAACUUCAGAGAGAAAGCGAGGGAGAGGGAAGAGAUAUUUAAAGCCCAGGGAGGAAGAGUGAGAAACUCAGGGACAAAGAAGCACAAGCGAGAAGAGAGCUCUGACUCAUGUCAGAAAGUGACCAGAGAUGAACGAAGCAGCUCUUCUUCUCCCAGUGGUCCGGGCAGGGGACGGGAGGACCCUCACCAGAGCACAGUUCCUCUCACUGCUGAACACCUACAACUGCUUCCUCAAGGACCACACUCAGCUGCACCUCGGCUACUCUCAGGGUGCCGAUGGAGAGGUGGUGGUUGAGGGCUUCCUGAACAUCUCCUGGGGAGUGCGCAGACCCAUCAGGCUGAAAAUACAAGACGACAAACAGAUGAUCCCCUUCGCUCCUCUGAACUCCCCCGACCCCACCAGUCCAGUCAGCCCCAUGGGGGACAAGAGGGGUAUGUCCCGGUGGGGAGAAUGCAACGACCUUCACCAGGUAGAUGAGAUGGCCGAGACACCGCAGGACACAGUGGUCACCAAGCCUUUACCAGGCCCGGCGGUUUACGAGACGACCACACUGCGUCCUGCGAGGUGGAAGAGCCACGAGCUGGAGGUGGAGUCCAACCUGUUUCGCUGCAUGAGCGACGCCUCAUUGGUCAAGAGGAGACGGGGCAGGGUGAAGUCGGCAGCGCAGAGGGAGAAGGAGAGGCAACAUCGCUUCUCCAUCAACGGACACUUCUACAACUAUAAGACGUCCAUCUUCACACCGUCUUUCGACACUCCAACUAAAGUUCGUAUCACCAGCAAGAUGAACACAAACCAGGUCAUCGAGCAGCUGCUGAACAAGUUUAAGAUAGAGAACGAUCCCCAGGAGUUUGCCUUGUACUGUGUCCAUCAGAGCGGAGAAAAGAGGAAGCUCAGUGAGAGGGACCAGCCCCUGUGGGAGCGCAUACUUCAGGGACCCUCCGAUGACAUCAUGAAGAUCUUUUUAAUCGACAUGGACGAAGAGGAAGUCAGCAAUGACGUAGCCCAGUAUCUGAACUUGGAGCUUCCCAUCCUGGAGCAGGUCCUUCUGAAACUCCGAGAGGAGGAGAACACAGUGAUACAGAGUGUCGUGAGCAAGUAUCAGCAGCAGCAUAGACUCCUAUCACACAUGCUGACCUCUAAGAUGUCCCCUCACAUUGAGACUAGUGUCUGAGGACUUUAACGAUCGACAAGUCGCUGUCCCACAUCUGCAAUUUUGAAGCUCUUCGGAAAACCGCAUUUGUCAAAUGGCCCUGUUUCGAACUUACACACUGGGGCACUUGUGUCCUUCGUAUUGAGGUGAAUUUUUUUUAAUCUCUUAAAAAAUUUAAAAUAAAGAUGCUGUAAAUAACUGUAAAUGUGUAUUAUUUGUCAUUAAAUAAGUUGUGUGACCAGGA